CGAUUUCCACCACAACUGGAUUACUCGCGAGCCGUCCAGGACCACACCGACUCUACAUUCCAUCCCAGGAGGAGCAGUCUCUUAAAAAGUCGAGAAGAAUCCUCCGUAUUCGAGUUGGACUCGAAUAUUUGGAAGAGGCCUCCAUCAUAUCCUUUGUCCGUCCAAAAACCAAACGUCCUUAAUCAGGAUUAAUAAAUAUCGCCCACAAUGAGUGAGGUCUCGUCAACGCGCCUCUAUCUCGGCAAUCUGCCCCGAAAUGUCACCAAACAGGACGUCGAAGAACACUUCAACCAGCACGGAUCCGGAAAAAUCACGGAUAUCAAGCUUAUGAGUGGUUUUGGUUUCAUUGAAUACGAGGAUGCUUUGGACGCACGGGAUGUCGUUCCUGAUGGAACGGACUUCAAGGGCUCAAGACUCACGGUCCAGUUUGCACGUGGCCCACGGCACAAAGAAACAUUCUCGGGACCUUCUGAUCGCUCCAAUGCUCCACGUCCACGCCGUACACCUUACCGUAUGCAGAUUUCUGGACUUCCAGAGACGAGUUGGCAGGAUCUUAAAGAUUUCGCCAGACAGUCUGGCCUUGACGUUGUCUACUCGGAAACACUCCGUGACCAUGAAGGACGAGGGUUUGUCGAAUUUGAGACUGGAGCCGACCUCAAGACUGCUAUCGAGAAACUGGACGGACGUGAAUUCAAAGGCUCCCGUGUGACUUGCACCCAGGACAUCCAAGCUCCCGAUGACCGCCCAGUUCGUGAUCCUUAUCGUUCUCGCUCCCCCGUGCGUCGUGGUGGCUAUCCUCCCAUGGAUGAUUACGACAGGCGUCCCCCACGUGGCUACAGUCCUCGUGGGCACUAUCGCGAGCGAUCUCCUCCACCUAUGCGUCGCGAUUACUAUGAUCGCGACGGGUAUGGUCGCCGCACGCCGCCACCACGUUCUCGUAUGGAUGAUUAUCCGCCCCCUCGCCGGCCAUAUGAUGACCCUUAUGACUUCCGCCCCCCUCCACCACGUCAUUAUGAUGACCCAUACAUGCAAGGCAGAUAUGGACGGCGACCUUUGAGUCCUCCACCUAGAGGGGACUAUGGAGGCUAUGAUCGUCGCGGUUACUGGUAGAUAUCCCUCUUCUACCCAUUGCUCCAAAAAUAAAGCCCUACCUGUCAUCCCUGCUUUCUCCUGGCAGUUUUGCAUCCGAUAGAAUUCCCGCGUCCGGGCCCUGAUAUCUAUUACAUUAGAACGAACACGUUUCCAGCCGUCACUGCCUCUCCUUGCCUUUUACAGGCUGAAGAACCCCCAGAUUCCCAGCAGUGAAGGCUGUGUUAGAUUCAGAUCCUAUUAUUUACGACAUAUCCAUGCAUGUUCGCUUUAUGAUUGUUUCUUGAACAUACACCCUGGAUCGACGCCAUACAACGAAAGUGCUCUUUUGUGAAGUCCGAAGAAAGCGAUCUAUCUGGUGCAAAUACGUAUGUAACUUUCUUCCUUUUGCUGUUUGACGCAUACAAUACCUUUCUGUUGCGUGUUUUAUGACUGAUUUAUGCUCUGUCUUUUCUGUCUCUCUUUUGAUGGUUUGUUCUUUGAGUAAUGAAUUUGGAGGAAAUUGUUGCUGUUAUGCUUUAUGUACUAGCUAGCGGGAAUUAAAAAACAGAAAGCAUAAUAUCCCCCUUAUAAAUAACA